GAAAAUAAUAUGGAAAAUAAUAUUGAAUAUCAACAUGAAAACCCAUUCACAGAAAACUUAGAUACGAGGUUGUCGCCUUUACAAAAGCCUGGUUAUAGCGAAAAAGAAUAUAACCUCGUUUCGCUCCUCGCAAAGAAUUUUGUUAUCAUGUCAUACUCAAUGUGGGAUUCAGCUGUGAAAGAUCAAAUUAGAUCUUUUCUGACACAGCAAAAGCUCUCGGAUUAUUUAGCGUUUUCCAUUCUAGAGGAACGAGUGGCUGAAGAAUCUCCUGAUUGGGCAUGUUUAUUGGCAUUCUGUUAUCAUUACGGCAUCGGUACUGAAUUUGACUACCAAAAAGCAUUUGCUUGGUAUAUGAACUCUGGUGACCGAGGAGACGCAUUUGGUCUCACACAAAUUGGAUGGUGUUAUAGCAUGGCAAUUGGUGUUUCGCGCGAUGAUGAUGAAUCCUUGAAAUACUAUCAUAUGGGCGCAAUUCGAGGACAUCCGCAAAGUGCUCUAAAGGUUGGCGAGUCAAAAUCUGAUUUUCGAAAAAGAUUCUAUUGGUUAGAAAAAUCGGCUAUUGGAGGAUUUCCAGAUUCAAUAAUUCGUGUUAUUAGACAUUAUGAGAAUGGAUGGGGAGUCUCCAGAGAUAAACAUAAAGUUCUCUAUUGGUUUAAGCAAUAUCGCAAUAUUGGAAAUCAUGACGUCUCUAUUUUCUUGAAUGCAAUAAUGCUUCGAUUUCCGUUUUCUAGUAUUAUUAACCGUUUUUAA